AUGAGACCGGCUAUUUUACUUGUCGCCCUCGCGCCGGCCGUCCUCGCCGGCCCCUCACCACGCGCCCCCGACAGCCUCGACUUAGCUAUUCGCGCCGUCCAAUCAAUACCGGACCUUGCCCCGCGGGAACCAAUCCUCCCUGAAACGAUGGUGGGCAAACUGAGUGCGCGACAGGUCCUCCAAGCGCGCAGCGAAGGCUCUCUAGGCCAGACCCCAUGGAUCGGAAUGGCGAUCGGGUUGACCUGCACAGCUCUAGCGGCAGUAAUGCUAGGGUAA